AAUAAAGCAAACCCUCAAAAGAAUUCCAAAACCCAGACCCUCCUCCUCCUCCGCCAUGGCGGCUCCGGAAGACGUCGUGAAGAACCGCUGGCUAGGGUUCCUCAUCUGGCAAUCCAUCGCUGGCGCCUCCGUAUACCUCCCCUCCAUGGCGCUCCUCCUCCGCCGCCCCCGUUCCGCCGCCCUCUCCCUCCUCUCCUUCCUCUCCUUCCACCUCUCACUUCUACUCCUCUGCCUCUCCUUUUUCCUCCUCUCCUCUCCUCGCGACCACCACUUCCUCUCCGUCGACUUCCGCCGCCGCGCCCAUCUCAUCCUUCGCAUCCUUCUCUUCUUCCUGCUUUCCUCCGUCGCGGGCUUCCUCUCCGUCGCCUCGGUUUGCGUCCGUUCAGAGAUCUUUCACGCUCCCACUCUAGCGGAAGUAGCUCUUACGGGAUCGGCCUUCGGGAUGGUGUACGCCCUGCAAUACUUGCUCAGGAAGCGGUGGGUUUUGCAGUUCCCAAUCAUUCAGCGACCGCUCUUCUUUAGCUUCAAAAUGGGGCUCUCCGCUUGUCUCAGACGAGCUCUGAUGCUAUCGGCCCAGGCAGUUGCAUGUUCGACUGUUCUUGUAAUGUUUGUACCUUAUGAGUUCAGGAGCGAGUUUAGAUUGUGGAGGUUUCUUAAUCAGUUGUUCAACUUCUACAUUAGAACCUCUGUGGCUUCCUUUUGCUGGGAACUAAGCCAUCAUUUGCUCCAGGUUGUGCACACUAGGAGGUGUUCCUUUGCACCACCUCAAGGAUCAGCUGCUGCUGAAACAAAUCCAAGUGAAAUUCUCCUUGAAACACUAGAACAGAGCAGUCCAAGAUCUCUUGUUCAGUAUCUUGCAUAUCUUGAUCUGUGUGCUGUUUCUGAGAGCAAUGUUGAAGCUUGGCGUCGAGCUGCUUUUUUAGAGGAAAGUGGUGAAACAUAUAGGCGAGUUAUUGCUGUAUGUUUGAGGCCUCUGGAACAGCUUGCAUCAAUGAUCACUGAGGGUUUGGAAGGUUAUCCUAAGAUUGAAACUGAUUUGCUGAACCAUCAGUUGAAUUUCCCCACAUAUACUCAUGCGGACUCAAGGCUGCUUGAAGCUUUCAAUGACUUUCAGCUAUAUACAUGGUGUGCGAGGGCAGCAGCAGCAAAUACUGCAUGUUCACACUCAGAGGACAGGUAUGGAGUUGCACAACUCACCGGUUGCAACGCUGCAGUAGUUUCAACGCUUCUGUCUUGCCUUCUGGCUAUUGAGGCUUGUCUGGGGAAAAAGACUAGCCCACAAACUGCGCACUUGUUGGGUCCAGGGAACAUCCGAUGGGCUACCAUGAACAUGGUAAGAAAGAAUGGAGUAACUUCUAUGAGGAAUAAAAUCAAAAGUGGAAUUUUGAAUAGUAAGGCAUAUGCCAUGGCAGAUGUUCUAAGAACAUCCAUAUAUCAGAUAGUUUCUGUUUUCCACGCCGAUAUGCAGGCAAAUGCAAAAACUUCAGUUCUAGACAAGAACUGGAUUGUUGGAAAACCUCUAUACGGUUCAAGGGAGGUUCUCAUGCAGAAACUUAACCAAUUUCUCGAGUUCUGUGCUAACUAAACUUUGGUUUUGAGUAUGUUGUAAUCUUCAAGAUGAAAUUGUAUGAAUGUGUGUUUUGUUUAUUGUGGGGAUCUGGGUUUAUUUUUUGCCUCAAUUCCCAGGGAAGAUCUGAUGGAAUUGUGUAUUACGGGAGAAUGUUAUCAUUUGGGAUUUACAGGGAGGAACAUUUCAAAACACAUUUGUGAUUUUGCUAAUGAUUUAAUGGUUAUUGAUUUUUAAAGAGCAA